AUGGUUUCCCGAUCAUCGCAUUUAACGCUGGGCGAAAUGCAAAUGCUGAUAAUUUCAACAGUCAAAAACCCAAUAUCAACGAAAGAGCUCCUUGCUCGUCUUCUGAAAUUGGCGGACAUUCUAUCUGCUGUUGACCAGAACACCGUUUCCCCCGACUCGUACAAUCAGAUCGCUCAUGACUUGGCAAACAAAAAGCUCUUGAAGCAUCAGAACAUCGGAGUACAAGCUUUUGCAUGUUGUGCAAUUGCUGACAUUUUGCGUAUAUAUGCUCCUGAUGCGCCGUAUACUCCAGAGGAACUCUCGUCUAUAUUCACUGCCUUCUUCAACCAGUUUUCCCAUCUAUGGGAUGAAGGAAACGCAUUCUUUUUGCAGCAGAGCUAUCUCCUCAAGAGGCUUGUCGAAGUCAGGUCCAUAAUAUUAGUUGCGGACUUGCCUGAUUCCCUGCGUUUAAUUUCGUCAUUAUUCAAAACAAUGUAUCAACUCGCUUCCAAAGGUUUUCCAGCGAAACUUGAACCUAUUGCAGCAGAUAUGUUGUCUGAAGUUAUUGCAGAGACAGAAAGUAUUCCACAAGACGUCGUUUCACUCAUCCUUAAGAGACUUACAGUCCCAUCACAAUCUGGUUUAACCGGGUCGUUAUCCAAUAUUUCGAACUCGGGAUUUGCCUUUUCUUUAGCUGUGUGUGAAGUUAAUGUAGACAAGUUAUCAAGGCUGAUAGCGCAACUCUUUUCAGAAAUGUUGGAUGAAAGUGCAACGUCUACCGAAUCAGGUGAAGUUAACUAUGAAGCUUCCUACAAAACCUUGGAGAAAAUUCACACUUGGUCCGUUCAAAUUUGGCGAAAUGCUCCAGAUCUAUUAGGAUCCGUCAUGGGACUAAUCAAUGACGAAUUGAAUUCAGAUUCAGAAAAGAUUCGUAUUUUGGCUACUAGCACAAUCGGCGAGAUGAUAGCCAGCUCAUCCAUGGGGUUUGUUGACAGUAAUGUUGCUCACUUUAUUAAUAAGCAUAGAAACACAUGGAAUUCCUGGCUCAAGAAAAAUUCAGAUUCAUCUUACGCUGUGAGAGCAAAAUGGGCUGAACAGGUUUCCUUCGUUAUUUGUUCCCCGUCUGUGACAUCUGAUAUGGCCAACGAACUUUGUAACGGUCUCACCAAAUGUCUUCGGGAUACGCACGAAAAAGUCAGGCUUGAUGCUUGUAAAGCUGUCGAGAAGCUCCCAUUCCAUGUAUUUACGAGCAGGGUAUGUAACCACGAAGUCUUGACAACUUUACUACAACUUGUGAGGGAGAAAAAUACCGAUGUUCGCAAUAAAGCUAUCAAAUUAACGUCAAAUAUUUAUGAUGAGUACUCCAAACAGGCGGCAAAGGAUGAGAUAACUGAUUUUGGAAACUUGAACAGUGAGGAAAUAACAGCGCUAGGGCGAAUAAUCUUGCACGACAUCCCCAACACACUUCUAAAAUUGAACUACAUCAAUGACAAGUCAGUCAAUAUCUCUGUGGAUAUCGCCCUUUUCGAACACUUGAUCCCGUUUGAAAACAAUGCGCUGUCCAGAGCAGAUAGACUCUGCAACUUUUAUGAAGUUUUAGACGAAAGGUCGAAAGCUGUUUUUCUGGCAACAAUAACGCGCCAAACAAAGUUUUCGGAAGCUUUUCAUCAAUUUGUGAAAAUUUCUGAGCAGCUCACGUCGCUGAAAUUGGAUGAUGAAAACACGGAAGAAGUUUUGCUUCAAAAACUCGACAAAAUCAUUACUUGGUUUACAGUAAGCCUUCCUCCUACGCUCAAUACCGUUGAUUGUCUCGAGCGUUUUAUUCACUUGAAAAAUGCUCGGUUCAACAAUCUACUCGCGAACUGCGUGCUGCCCGACUCCGAUUACAAAACUGUGAAAAACUCCCUUAAAGAGUUAUUGACAAGCUUAGGAGACCCUAAGAUCUUGAGAAUUUCUGAUGAUAGACUUCCAGUGAGCACGACAGAUAUGAUAGCGAAUAUGAAAAUAUUGCUUUACAGGGCCUCCAACGUAUUUUGCAAUAAAUCAAAUGUGAGUGAGUUAUUAAAACUUUCCUGUGAACCACAAAAUACAAAGCACAAGGUUUCAAAUGAGUUGAUAAAAAAUGUUUUCAUCAAUUUCACCGGAGGUUUUCAAGAAUCACGUUCAUGCGGUUUCAGAUAUCAUUUUAAACAAAAAAACAGAAGUGGAUAUUUCAUUUUUGCAAUCAUUUCAUCAUUUGCUCAAGAGAUUCCCAGAUAA